CUCUACUAAGCACGUUGCUCCAGUCAGCCUACUUCCGGGGGAGGGGUCUCGCUUUACUGUGUCGCUCACUUGUGACGUCACCGAAUCUUAUCCUAUCGCCCUUCUGAUCUCUGGAUAGGAGCGCCGCCACCAGGAGGGACAUUAAACACACGGGAGCCGCUGAGCCGCCUUGGACUGGGCACACAGCGCCGAGGGCCACUCCGGCUACUGCAAUCUGGGCUCAGCGCGUCGGCGCAGGACUAACACGUCACGGAAGGGGGGAGUGUUGACAGAAGUGACGCCAGCAAGCAACUUCCGGUGGAGUGACCCGGUGAGUGUGACAGAGCUCGAGCGAGCAGAGAGGCGGCCGGGAGGUAAGAGCAGCCUGAGUGUGAGUGAAUGGUGGGGGCUGGGGGAAUCAUGCUGGAUAUUGAACACUGGGCUGGGGGCUGCAGGAGGAGAGAUGGAGGCAGCGGAGCAGGUGCUGGUCCAGACACACAGGGAGAGAGAGAGAGAUCCAGUCAGUCAGUAGUGAGUGAGUCAGUCAGUGAGUGUGAUCCCUGUAGUGAGUCAGUCAGUGAGUGUGAUCCCUGUAGUGAGUCAGUCAGUGAGUGUGAUCCCUGUAGUGAGUCAGUCAGUGAGUGUGAUCCCUGUAGUGAGUCAGUCAGUGAGUGUGAUCCCUGUAGUGAGUCAGUCAGUCAGUGUGAUCCCUGUAGUGAGUCAGUCAGUCAGUGUGAUCCCUGUAGUGAGUCAGUCAGUCAGUGUGAUCCCUAUAGUGAGUGAGUCAGUCAGUCAGUGUGAUCCCUAUAGUGAGUGAGUCAGUCAGUGAGUGUGAUCCCUGUAGUGAGUCAGUCAGUGAGUGUGAUCCCUGUAGUGAGUCAGUCAGUCAGUGUGAUCCCUGUAGUGAGUCAGUCAGUCAGUGUGAUCCCUAGUGAGUGAGUCAGUCAGUCAGUGUGAUCCCUAUAGUGAGUGAGUCAGUCAGUGAGUGUGAUCCCUGUAGUGAGUCAGUCAGUGAGUGUGAUCCCUGUAGUGAGUCAGUCAGUCAGUGUGAUCCCUGUAGUGAGUCAGUCAGUCAGUGUGAUCCCUAGUAGUGUCAGUCAGUCAGUGUGAUCCCAGUCAGUGAGUGUGUGAUCCCAGUCAGUCAGUGAGUGUGAUCCCUGUAGUGAGUCAGUCAGUCAGUGUGAUCCCUGUAGUGAGUCAGUCAGUGAGUGUGAUCCCUGUAGUGAGUCAGUCAGUGAGUGUGAUCCCUGUAGUGAGUCAGUCAGUGAGUGUGAUCCCUGUAGUGAGUCAGUCAGUCAGUGUGAUCCCUGUAGUGAGUCAGUCAGUCAGUGUGAUCCCUAUUGUUUUUGUAGGACAGCAGAAUUAUUUAUAUUAUUGUUUGCAGUGUGCACACACUGAGCUUGGGACUGCCCUUAGCAUUAUCAAUGGGCUGCCAUGAGAUAUGUUAAUAUUUAUCUGUUUAUCAGUAAUGGAGAUAUUGAUCUGUGACUGUCACAUUACAGCAGGCUGGCUGUUUAUAUGAUUGUUUAUACAUAAUGAAUAGGAGUCGGUAUGUGUUAUUAUAUAAUAUCACAAGCGUUUUGUGUUAUAAAUAUUACAUUUCUGAUCUGUCCAGACCACGUCUUACGUAAGAUAAAUAGUCCUUAAUAACAGAGGAAAAUAGUGUCUCUUAAAACCUAUUUCUAUAACCAUUAAACAGCACAUGCAACAUUGUGUAUAUGAAGCGUGUGCACAUAACUAGAAUGAAUCAGGUCACUGUGAAGAAACGAGGUUAAGAAACUGUGACUGGAAAAACCUGAUGGGUAAAGUCCAAGUUAAAACAGCAAAGAUUUAAUCUAUUAAAGUUGAUGGUGUAAUCAGCUCUGAGCUGAAACGAAGGUUUCUGCUCAGCCAUAGAUGACAACAAAGAUUUGCUAAGACUGUAGUUGUGGCAAAGCUUGUUGGAUGCAAGCAGACAGAACUGAAGCCCACAAGUACAGCUUUGGCAAGUUCUGUCCACAGCAUUGUUAUUUUUUUAAUUUUUUUUUUAAAUACACGUUUAAUUUAAACUGUUAAUUGUACUCAAUAAUGAUCUCUGGAGAAUUGUUGCUUUAUCAUAUUAAAGAGACAAGCAAUGUCUGUCCAAGGUGAGCAUGCAGCGUUUGUUUUAAAGACCAAUCGAGGAAGUAUAAUUUCUUGUUUAUGGCAAUUAUCUAGAGGGUUUGCAAGGCAGGUUUUCUGAGAAAUUGUUACCUCGGUUUAGCUGCAGCGAGCUUAACAAACCAGGAAGUAACAGACUUGUUGUCUCCUUGACCGUCAGGGUGCUUUAAUUAUCAAAGUUAAUUGAGAAAAAAAUACCUUUUUUUUUUUUUUUUUAUUGAAAUCUGUAAAUGGGGAGGAGAGCAGGCAAAUUUUUCACACACAAAGCUUUUCAGCAAAACCAAAUUGCACUAGCGGUCUGAUGUGUAUUUAAAAUGUUUUGGCCUCCUAAUCAAGCUGUGUUUUUCUCACAUUGAAACCUCAUGAGUCUUGCUAAAGAAUAUUUUGAAUAUUUUUCUUGAAUAUCUGUUUCCUUAGUCACGCCUCCUCACUUCACAAAAGAGCCUUUUGACUAGAUGUAUUCUGAGUACAUGCUGAUCUAGUGAGAGAUCUGUGUGAACCGAGUAGCUAGUGUGUUUGUGUAGUCUGUGUAUAUAAUGAAUGCAGAGUGUGUGUUUGUGUAGUCUGUGUAUAUAAUUACAAAAAGAGAAGUCCUGCGCUCACUCCCAUCACUACUGGGCCGGCAGAGAAAAGAAAAAGUUACCUGCGCUCUCUCCUUAAUCCCUAUGUAUAUUUAGACAAAUGGAGGUCAUUUAGUUGCUCCACUGGCCAUUGGAGGGAAUGCCUGCCUCAACGUCAAGGCAGACCCCAAGGCGCGUGUAUUCAGCCAGUCUCAUAGGAAAGCAUUUUCAAUACUUUCCUAUGGACGGCAGCGUCUUCUCACUGUGAAAAUCACAGUGAGAAGCGCCUCUUGCGGCUGUCAAUGAGACAGCCACUAGAGCCUGGAUUAACCCUAAAGUAAACAUAGCAGUUUCUCUGAAACUAUGUUUACAGCAGAAAGGGUUAAUCCUAGAGCAGUGAUGGCGAACCUAUGGCACGCGUGCCACAGGUGGCACUCCAAGCCCUCUCUAUGGGUACGUGGCCAUAGGGCGCCGGUCGGCAGCAAUACAGAGUAGGCACGUGUGUGUGUGUGUGAGAAUGUAUUCAGUAUUCUGUGUGUAUGUAUUCAGCAGUCUGUGUGUACUUGGCAUUUUGUGUGUGUGUAUAUUCAACAGUCUGUCUGUGUGUGUUUUCAGCAGUGUGUGUUUUCAGCAGUGUGUGUUUUCAGCAGUGUGUACGUAUUCAGCAGUGUGUACGUAUUCAGCAGUGUGUACGUAUUCAGCAGUGUGUGUACGUAUUCAGCAGUGUGUGUACGUAUUCAGCAGUGUGUGUACGUAUUCAGCAGUGUGUGUACGUAUUCAGCAGUGUGUGUGUAUGUAUUCAGCAGUCUGUGUGUGUCGGUGUGUAUGUAUUCAUCAGUCUAAGACUGUAUUCAGCAGUCUGUGAGAUACUAAUAAAUAUAAGCUUAAUUUUAUCUAUUAUUUAUAUCAUUAUUUAAAAUUUGUAUCAUUGAACUCUCUGUUGUGUUCUUCUUUUAAAACAAAAGAUGUUAAUUAGUUUGGACAACAGUACGAGUUGUUUUUUUCUAAACUUAAACCUAAGUAUUUAGGUUUAAUUGCCGUGUUGGCACUUUGAGGGAAAAAUAAGUUGGCAUUCAUUGCGGUUUGGGCACUCUGGCUCAAAAAGGUUCGCCAUCACUGUCCUAGAGGGACCUGGCACCCAGACCACUUCAUUGAGCUGAAGUGGUCUGGGUGCCUAUAGUGGUCCUUUAAGGGACCACUAUAGUGCCAGGAAAACAUAUUCGUUUUCCUGUCACUAUAGUGCCCUGAGGGUGCCCCCACCCUCAGGGUCCCCCUCCCGCCCGGCUCUGGAAGGGGGAAAGGGGUUUAAACUUACCUUUUUCCAGCGCUGGGCGGGGAGCUCUCCUCCUCCGAUCCUCCUCUUCUCCUCCCCGUCGGCUGAAUGCGCACGCGUGGCAAGAGCUGCGCGCGCAUUCAGCCGGUCACAUAGGAAAGCAUUCAUAAGUGAGAAGCACGCAAGCGCCUCUAGUGGCUGUCAAUGAGACAGCCGCUAGAGGAAAUAGGGGAAGGCUUAACCCAUUCAUAAACAUAGCAGUUUCUCUGAAACUGCUAUGUUUAUGAAAAAAUGGGUUAACCCUAGCUGGACCUGGCACCCAGACCACUUCAUUAAGCUGAAGUGGUCUGGGUGCCUAGAGUGGUCCUUUAAGUAUAACUCAACCGGACACCCAGUCUUUGCAAAUUAUGCAAAUUAACCUCUCACCUUUGAUCUCACAUAUUUUUACAUCCCUGGCUUUGCUAUACUUGUUUAUUUUCAAAAUAUUUUACACCAUUAAAUGUUUGUCAAACCAUAAAUGACUAGAAUAUAGGCAGUACCGCCUAUAUAUUUGCCAGAAAUGCAAUCUAAGAUUGUAUAUUUUUCCAGAAUCAUUUUCAAGAAUGUUCUUUUAACAAUUUUAUCUUCCCUUCGCCAAAGGCUAUAUAUCUUACAAUAUAAGAUUUGUGUAUACUUGGUGCUUUACUUAGACAGCAGGUGAGAUUUUUGUCUUAUUUAUAGCUUCCCACAUAUGCUUUUUGUAGGAAAAAUACUAAAGAGGUAAAAUCUGCAGAUACAACAGCAGAAAUGUAGAUGGAAAUUGUAUCAUAACUAGGGUUUAAUUUUCUAGAGAAAACACACAAAGUUCAAACCCUCAUUCUGCAGAAAAAUUCACACAUUGCACAGUGGGAGGCUCUGUCAGAGAUUUGCUUCCUUGAUUACAGCAUGUGCAUUUUUUUUUUUUUUUUUUUAAACCUGGAAGAAUAUUAACUAGUUUGGAAAUAGCAAUGUUCAGCCAAUUACACUUCUCUUCUGCAGCUGCUUUCACUGCCAACACAAUUCAGUGCCAU